CCUAACUCCAAAAGAAUAUCUACCAGGCCCUUCAAAAUUGUUCCUCUUCGAGCUCUGUCUCUGAACUACAGAGACCAGAAAUGGAGCUAUCUGCGAUAGGCACUGGCUUUAACCAUGUCCUCACUCGCUCGACACACUCGUCUUUUCCCAUAAUUCCUUCUUUUUCCGCUCCCACCACCACUACAAGAAGAAAGAGUUCUCAAAGCACCUCCCCAGCUGCAGCAACCCCACUUCUCGGAGAACCCCGGAAUGAGCCGCAACCACCGUUGCUACAUGGUCAAAGGCGUCACUCGAAGUCCUAUUUGGCCAGACAAGCUGCCAUUCUUGAAGUUCUGCAAUCUCCUGAUUUGGAGUCUGCUCUUCAAAGAUUAGAAGGGAUAUUGAAGGUGCAAGACUUGAAUGUCAUAUUGCGGAAUUUUGGGAAGCAAAGUAGAUGGAAUGAUCUUUCGCAGCUCUUUGAUUGGAUGCAACAGUAUGGUAAAAUCAGUGUUGCUUCCUUUAGCAGUUACAUAAAGUUUAUGGGGAAGAGCCUCAACCCCAUGAAGGCACUAGAAAUCUACAAUAACAUUCCAGAUGAAUCAAUAAAAAGUAAUGUCUUUAUAUGUAAUUCUGUUCUCAGCUGCCUGAUCAGGAGUGGCAAGUUUGAUAUUAGCACUAAACUGUUUCAUAAGAUGAAGCAGAAUGGUCUAACACCAGAUGUCAUCACAUAUAGUACGCUGCUUGCAGGUUGCAUGAAAGUCAAACAUGGGUAUUCUAAGGCAUUAGACUUGGUUCAAGAACUGAAGUAUAAUGGACUGCAGAUGGACAGCAUAAUGUAUGGGACGCUUUUGGCUGUUUGUGCUUCAAAUGAUCAAUGGGAAGCAGCAGAGAGCUAUUUUAACCAGAUGAAGGAUGAAGGACAUUCACCUAAUUUAUUUCAUUAUAGUCCUUUACUCAAUGCUUACGCUUCAGGUGGACACUACAAAAAGGCUGAGGAAUUGGUGCAAGACAUGAAAUCUUUGGGGUUAGUACCAAAUAAGGUAAUAUGGACAACUUUAUUAAAAGUGUAUGUCAAAGGAGGAUUGUUUGAAAAAUCCAGAGAGCUUUUACUUGAACUAGAAGCUUUGGGCUAUGCAGAAGAGGAGAUGCCCUACUGUUUAUUGAUGGAUGGUCUUGCCAAGACUGGGCAAAUAAAUGAAGCAAGAUCAAUUUUUGAUGAAGUGAAGGAAAAAGGAGUUAAAUCUGGUGGAUAUUCUCACAGUAUCAUGAUUUCAGCUUAUUGCCGACAGGGGCUCUUUGGAGAGGCAAAGCAGUUGGCCAAGGAUUUUGAGGCCCAAUAUGACAAAUAUGACUUGGUUAUAUUAAACAGUAUGCUCUGUGCCUACUGUAGAGCUGAUGACAUGGAAAGUGUGAUGCGAACACUGAGGAAAAUGGAUGAAUUAAGAAUCAGUCCUGGUUAUAAUACUUUCCAUAUCCUAAUCAAAUAUUUCUGCAAGCAAAAGCUGUAUCUCCUUGCUUACCGGACAAUGGAAGACAUGCAUAGGAAAGGCCACCAACCACAGGAGGAACUUUGUUCGUCCUUGAUUUUCUAUCUUGGUAAAACCAAAGCCCAUGCAGAGGCCUUUUCUGUGUAUACUAUGUUGAAAUAUGGCAAGAGAACCAUGUGCAAAGCCCUUCAUGAGAAGAUUCUGCACAUUCUUAUAGCUGGACAGCUUCUCAAAGAAGCUUAUGUAGUAGUUAAGGACAAUAGUGAAUUGAUUUCUCAAGCUGCUAUAAAGAAGUUUGCAAAUGCAUUUAUGAAGCUGGGUAAUAUCAAUAUGAUAAAUGAUGUAAUGAAGGUUAUUCAUGGUUCUGGAUACAAGAUUGAUCAGGAACUAUUUCAGAUAGCUAUAUCACGUUAUAUUGAAAAUCCUGAAAAGAAGGAUUUGCUUCUACAAUUGCUGCAAUGGAUGCCAGGCCAAGGUUAUGCUGUUGAUUCUUCAACAAGAAACCUGAUUCUUAAGAAUUCACACUUAUUUGGUCGCCAGCUCAUUGCUGAGAUUUUGUCCAGGCAGCAGAUGAUGUCAAAAGCCCUGAAAUCUCACUAGACGAAGGAUAAUUGAAUCUGUAACUAAAACAUUUCCAGUGACAUGCUAAGAUGGUGAAGCACCUUUGAAUCAGUUUUGGGGCAAAGCAGGCUAUAGAAGGGUGUUUUGGAAGAUACAAUUGGGGAUUACAUUUCAUAAUAUGAAGGAGCUUGGACAAGCUCUAUCAAAAACUUAUUGUUGGUAGAUUAUAUGUAUAUUAGCAGCUGAAUGAAAAUAUAGGCAUGUGGGAUCAAAACCGUUUGACUUGAAAGUAUAGAAAAGUUCAUUGUCACCCACAUGGCCAAGAAAAAAAGCUGUAAUUUUUUACAAAGAGAAUUACUAUUUAGUCUGUGGUAAGAAUUUUGAAAUGUCAGGACAUAAUUGGCAUCUCCACAGGAUACUGAUGUUGACUAAUCAUUUCUUGCUUUUGGAUGAACAAACAUCAAAAAAUGGAUAUCCAAACUGCGAUCUUACACUUGAAUCCACUACCAAUUACAAAUUUGCCAAAUCCUGUCUCCUUUCUUCACCUUUCCCUCUGCUUCCAGGCAGCAGCCUUCAAUUCAUACCAAUAGAAGAAGUUUC